GACAAAUCAGUGGGCGGGACAAAUCAGUUGCUGUCCGUCAGUCAUUCGUGUGGCUGGGUGCAGGUGGCAGGAUGGGGAGUGCCGACUCCAAGCUGCAUUUCAGGAAAGCGGUGAUCCAACUCACUACCCGGACACAGCCAGUUGAGGCCACUGAUGAUGCAUUCUGGGACCAAUUCUGGGCUGACACAGCCACAUCCAUCCAAGAUGUGUUCACCUUGGUGCCAGCUGCUGAGAUAAGAGCUGUGAGAGAGGAGUCACCCUCUAACUUGGCCACCCUGUGCUACAAAGCUGUUGAGAAGUUGGUCCAAGGAGCAGAAUCGGGCUGUACAAGUGACAAGGAGAAGCAGGUUGUGAUAAACUGCACCCAGCUGCUGACUCGCAUCUUGCCGUACAUAUUUGAGGAUCCAGACUGGAGAGGCUUCUUUUGGUCGACGGUCCCAGGGACAGGCUGUGGAGAGGCCUCUGAGAGAGAUGAUGAGACUGCUCGUCCUCUGGCUGAGUCGCUGUUACUCGCUAUUGCUGACCUGCUCUUCUGUCCUGAUUUCACCGUGCAGAGUCACAGGAAGCCCGGACCGGAGACUGCUGAAGAUCUUCACUCUAUUGACAGCUGUGAGUAUAUCUGGGAGGCAGGUGUGGGCUUUGCUCAUUCACCUCCUCACAGCCACGGCCAUGAUUUGAACAGGACAGAGCUGCUAAAACUGCUGCUGACUUGUUUCUCUGAGGCUGUGUACCUUCCGCCUACAUCUGAAGGGAAUAUUCUCAAUCCUUGGGUUCAGUUUUUCUGCUCAACGGAGAACCGACAUGCUCUACCACUGUUUACAUCGCUGCUGAAUGUUGUAUGUGCCUACGACCCUGUAGGCUAUGGGAUUCCUUAUAACCACCUACUCUUCUCCGACUACCGAGAGCCCUUGGUGGAGGUUGCCGCCCAGGUUCUUAUCGCGACCCUGGAUUACGAUGCCUCCACCAGCCUGAAUCCGUCGGUGGAUGGGACCACCACGAGUACAGCCAUGGAUGACACAGAGCCUCCUGGUCCUGAGAAUCUGUUUGUCAACUACCUUUCCAGAAUUCACAGAGAAGAGGAUUUUCAGUUCAUUCUGAAGGGCCUUGCUCGCCUGCUUAAUAAUCCACUGCUGCAGACAUACCUACCCAACUCGACCAAAAAAAUUCAGUUCCACCAAGAGCUCCUGGUUCUCUUCUGGAAACUCUGUGACUUCAACAAAAAAUUCCUUUUCUUUGUGCUGAAGAGCAGUGAUGUACUGGAUAUCCUGGUCCCCAUCCUAUAUUACCUGAAUGACGCUAGAGCUGACCAGUCACGUGUGGGUUUGAUGCACAUUGGGGUCUUCAUCCUCCUGCUUCUCAGUGGAGAGCGUAAUUUCGGUGUCCGACUGAACAAACCUUACUCAGUUCGUGUGCCCAUGGACAUCCCGGUCUUCACUGGAACACAUGCUGACCUUCUUAUUGUUGUGUUUCACAAGAUUAUCACAAGUGGGCAUCAGCGUUUGCAGCCUUUGUUUGAUUGUCUACUCACUAUUGUUGUUAACGUCUCUCCGUAUUUGAAGAGUUUGUCCAUGGUUGCUGCAAAUAAAUUGCUGCACCUACUGGAAGCCUUCUCUACAACUUGGUUUUUGUUCUCAGCAUCUCAGAACCACCACCUGGUCUUCUUCCUUCUGGAAGUCUUCAAUAACAUCAUUCAGUACCAAUUUGAUGGAAAUUCAAACCUGGUCUACGCCAUCAUUCGGAAGCGCAAUGUCUUCCACCAGCUUGCCAAUCUCCCAACUGAUCCUGCUGCCAUCCAGAAAGCCAUACAGAAGAAGAAGAAAUCAGCUGAGCCCAUUUCACGGACUAACUCACAGGAGGGAGUAUCCAUGGAAGGAUCACGGCCAGCGGCUCCUGCAGAACCAGGCACUUUGAAGACCAGCCUCGUGGCAACCCCAGGUAUUGAUAAACUUACGGAGAAAUCACAGAUCUCAGAGGAUGGGACAAUGAGCCGUGUAGAUCAGGUUCAGACUGAAGACUGCAGUCUUACAGUGACCAGUGACACUGAAUCAUCAAGUGGGGUUUGUGAUGUUCAGGGAGAUGCAUUUGCCUGCCAUGCAGUCUGGGAUACAAUUCCACCGACCUCAGAGAGGAGAAGGAAGUCUUCAGGUCUCUCUACGAGCCGUCACUGGUCACCGAGCCCAGACUGGGUAACAUCAUGGAAAUCUAAACUCCCUCUACAAACCAUCAUGCGACUGCUGCAGGUUCUGGUUCCACAGGUGGAGAAGAUCUGCAUUGACAAAGGUCUGACAGAUGAAUCAGAGAUCCUGAAGUUCCUGCAGCACGGUACACUGGUUGGAUUACUCCCAGUGCCACAUCCCAUCCUCAUUCGCAAAUACCAGGCCAACUCAGGCACGGCAAUGUGGUUCCGGACAUAUAUGUGGGGCGUCAUUUACCUAAGGAAUGUGGACCCGCCCAUCUGGUACGACACAGAUGUGAAGCUCUUUGAAAUUCAGCGGGUUUAAGAAACCAAAAUGGAUUUCAGGAAAUACUCUGGCCAAAUUUUAUUUUCCAUUUUAAUUCUUAUUCUAAUGGUUGCUUUCUGCCUUCCUCUUCACUGACCUGACCUUCCCUUGGGACUUGCUGCUGUGUGUGGCAUCUCACCUCUGCAGAGCUCUACUUGCUAGUCUAAAUACAUUGCUCCCAGUCAUUAGCUCAGGACAACUGACCCUAUCCCACACUGACAGCACAUAGCAGCCCCUGCUCAGCCUCCUGUUAUUGCUUCUUGCUUGUCUCAGUUCUCUCUACACAAUCUGUCUGGUCACUACAGAGACAAUUGCUCUAUGGUCCUUUGAUUCAGUCAGACUUCCAGUCACUAUGGACUGUCACAUAGCAACUGUAUGACCAUCUACAAGAACCCAGCCUCUACCCCCCCCCCCCCACCCCAAGUUCUAUGCAACCAGGUGCUUAUCUCUCCAUACUGCAUCCCACAAGACUGUGCUUGAGAAUGCUGCCACAGGGAGUGAUUCUAUGGUCACUGGAGACUUAAGGUAUAUGUUGCUGGUAGCUGCAUUCACCACAGUUGUCCGACAUGCCUGUUUAAGGAAAGAUAAAACAGGAGGCUGGUCCAUUUGCCAGUCGCACCAUAGUGCUGGUAUUCACUGGCUGGCCACCAGAUUGCUGGGGUAGCAGUGGGCAUUAUGUUUCCCAGACCUGGGCUGUGUUUGAGUGAGAGAUUUGGGUAGCACCGGUAAGCCAAGCUGUUGUGUAAGUAAGCGUUUAUCUGCAGUCUGAGCCUGUUCUUCCCCAUGUUAAUAUACUGUAACUCACCUCUAAGCCCCUGUCUUGCAGACGUGGUAUUGUGUGAAUCAGAAGCCUGCUUCAGCCCACCUUGCCUUACAGCUUUGUGUGACUCUGAAAUGCCUCCAAUACCACUAGAGUAUGUUGAGUCCGGAGACUUUACUCCUGAAGCUCAGUAAAUAUUUUGCUUCGCAUUACUUAAGCGUAACUAUACUGAAAGAAAUACUGUGCAUGUUGAAGCUCACGCCCAUAACUCAGCCCAUUAUGGAUUGCUUCCACCUAUGAUGUAGGCUCAAAGAGGGCUCAGAAGAUGUGCCCCACUCACCUUUGGCUAACCUGCACCAAGCCCUCUUCCUCUUCCCCCUUCCUAUUCCUUCAUCCUUCCAGCCUUAGUGACCAAGAGUUGGAUGGCUUGUCCUGCUGCUGCUCACUUUGCAGAGGGCAUUACUUUCAGCAUCUUGACACAAGCACGUUGUUUUAGCCGUCCAUGCAGAAAGAGACCAUUCAGCCCAUUGUUUCUUUGCUGUCCUGCCCUGCAUUUCUGCAUUCUUACUUCCUGUGGAAUGGUUUUAUUAACUAUCUUUCCAUCCUUUGAACCUCUUAUUUUUGAUCAGCAAAAAACAUAAAACAAUACGGCACUGGCCAAGCUAUUCAGCUCACAAUGUUGUGUGGACUACCAAUUAUUUUAGUAAUUAUUUUAAACUUUUUAACAUGAUCCUCUGUAAAUGAGAUCCAAAUAACUACAUUGCCUCUUCAUUUAGUUGCUGUACCCUGUAAAUCCACCAAACACUAAAUGCAAUGUUCACAGAAACACUAUUUUGAAAUGUAUUUACAGGAAGAAUUACUUCCGGCACUGGAUGUACCACAAGCUUGUAUUCUUUUAGGGUGGUCCUAUACUACUGUUUCUUAAAAGUUGCAAUUAUCUGCAGAUGUUUUUUUUGUACUGUGGCAGGAACUGUUCCACCCAGUUAGAUGGGUGAAUAUACCACCCAGCAGCCACUGAAUUAUUCACGUAGGAAUGACCCUAGUUUUAUCACUAGCUAUGCUACUAACUGGAACUCAAGAUCUUCAGCUAAUGAGUGAAAAAUUGUUCUAUAAUUGGGUUACUUGCAUGGCAUACCUAAAUUACAAUCAUAGGCAGCAGCUUCAGAACGUUCCUCCCCUAAGCGUACGUGAUUGGUACAGUGUAGAGGGAGCUUCACUCUUGUCUAACCUGUGUCCUAGAGUUGUGUGAACAGAUAAUGCAGAGGGAGCUUCACUGUAUCUACCGUUGACCUGGGAGUAUAUGACGAGACAGUGUAGAAGGAGCUUCACUCUGCUUGGCCUAUGUGUUCCUAUCCUAGGAGGCUUAAAUGCAGACACUGAAUGUCUGGAAUGAAAUGUGCACAAUUCACCGGCAUUGACAUCAUACUCUCACACUAAAUAGCAGAAGAUUUAUAAGAUUUUAAUAUGUUUCUAUUUGGGAAUCAGUUCCUACGUUGCACAGGACCUUUAACUGUGCUGUGGUGUGUGGUGAUACGUAAAUCCAGUGAGUUACCUAAAUCUGUGCCUGAUGUUAACAGAUGCGUGAUAGCACUUUAGAAAGUACUUUGUUAUUGUAAUUUAAGGAAUCUUAAAGGAGAAGGAUUCUCUACAGGUAACUUUGUUAAAUUUACUGGCCUAUAGAAUUACUUAUCUCUUUAAGGACGCAGUAUCAGUCUAUCUCUGUCUAUUUUUGUUUGCCUGGUUACACUGUUCUUAUUUAUAUUGUUUCCAAGUGGUGAUAUCUGUUUUCUUUAUGUGAAUCAUUUGCAAACUGUUGGUAAUAUUUUAAAAAAAUAAAUUUUUCAGAGAGUGCAAUGGA